AUGUCCGCCUACAGUCAGCUUCCCCAUCCUCCCUCCUUUGAAAUGUCCAAGUUCACUCUUGAGACGCCGCAAAAAGACCAGGAAUAUCUUGUUGAGCUGCUGCGACUUUCCAAGCUUGGGCCCAAGACGUAUGAAAAUAUGCGCUCGGAUGGAAAGUAUGGUGUCACAUAUGAGUGGAUGGCCGAGGCAAAGGAGUACUGGGAGAACCAAUUUAGCUGGCCUGCAGUCGAAACGCACAUUAACGGAUUUCCCAACUUCAUGGCACAGGUUUCGGAUGAUGAUGGCAAACUAUACCCCAUCCAUUUUGUCGGCCUUUUCUCCCGAAAACGGGGUGCAAUUCCCUUGAUGUGCAUUCACGGCUGGCCCGGCAGUUUCCUGGAAUUUCUGGGCGUCCUGACGGCGCUUCAAAACAAGUAUACUCCUGAUGAACUGCCCUAUCAUGUCGUUGUGCCCUCACUACCGGGAUAUGCGUUCUCGGCAACACCGCCUCUCGAUAAAGACUGGGUACUAGAGGACUCGGCACGCUUGAUGCAUAAACUCAUGCACGGCCUCGGGUUCGGCGCGGGCUAUUGCUUGCAAGGGGGAGAUAUUGGCAGCUAUGCAGCUCGGAUAAUGGCCACCCUCUACGAUUCUUGUAAAGCUCUGCAUCUCAAUUUCUGCAUCAUGACUUCCCCAGACGAGAUGGUGCAUGGCAGGCUGCCGAUCGAAAGCUUCGAAAGGGAAAGUCUGAAGCGAGCUGAUGAUUUUGCCAAGUUCGGGACAGCAUAUGCCUUGGAGCAUUCCACGCGGCCCGCUACUAUCGGCUUUGCUUUGUCGUCCAGCCCACUGGCUUUACUCGCAUGGAUUGGAGAGAAAUAUCUCAAAUGGACCGACAAGACGCCUUCUCUGGAUGAAAUAUUGGCUUCGGUGACGCUGUAUUGGCUGACCGAGACCUUCCCACGCGCAAUCUACCCCUAUCGGCAAGAACUUAUUGAGAGCCCACAGCAGGAGUGGACCGAAGACGACAGCCGCAAAGUCUUCAACCAAGGGCCUCAUCGCUACAUGCUCCACCCCGACCCGAAGUAUUACUGCCACAAACCGUUGGGCUAUUCCUGGUUCCCAAAGGAGAUCGCACCGGUCCCCAGAAGCUGGGCGGCGACCACUGGAAAUAUGGUUUGGUUCAAGAGUCACAACGAGGUAAGUGGAGUUUCUCGACCUUGUGAAGAGAUCGAGGCAUAA